AUGGAGAGGCAGCAAGUAGAGCUGGAGAGUAUGAAAAUGACCACUGGAAAAGGCCCCUCAGCACAUUGCUGUGUGCCUAAACACAAGAAGAUUUUGAUGUACCUUAUGGAAAAAACAGGUGUUAGUAGUUCAGAGGCAAGUUUCCUAUUUCCCCAGCAGCCCCAGACAUCUCCAAUCUCCAUCUCCUACCAGCCAUGGGGCAGCUCCUUGUCCCCCAGGCCCCAGGGCACAGCGAGAAGCCCUGAUUCUCCCAGGAACUCCGACAGCUCCCUCAGACGGCCCCCUCCAACUCAGGCUCCUCUCCCAGCCCAGGCCCUCCCCGCGCCGCCGCAGCGCAGGCCCGGCCCCAUCCUCCAGCCGGCCCCGGCAGGUGUCCCAUCCUCCCCUUUGCCCAGGCAGGCCUCGUCCCGCUCCUACUUCCUACUAUUUCCUCGCACCGCACCCUGGCUCCAGAGGGGAGCCCCUCCGGCCUCGACAACCCGGCGGAGCCGGCAGGCCCGGGCUCCACUCACCCCUCAGCCCGGGAGGCGGGGGAGCUGCUGCGGCGGCUCCUCAGCCUGCGCCUCUCCUCCCCCCUCCCGGCCGCCGCCGUGGCCGCCGCUCAGCCUCGGCCUGCUCCCGGCCGGCCCCGGACCGGCUCCGCUUCACCUCGUCCCCAACUCCGGCCGCCGGAGCCCUGUGUCCUGCAUUGACCCGGAAGCAGCUUUCCAGGCCCAACAACAACACGUGACCCCGCCGCACGUGUCACGUCCGCUGCGUGAAUGGGAGGGGGCGCCGGAGGAGCAGGUUCUCCCGGACCAAGCUGAGGUUGCUGUGGCGACGGGGAUGUCGCGGCCGGCCGGAUAG